AUGUCCACCCACCCGUCCGGCUCCCCAAACCCAAACCGGCCACUCGCUCCCCCACCGCUCCUCCGCCGCCCAUCACCAUCGCCGGCGGCCCCAUCAUCCACUACCGGUGAGACCGGCAUUAUUCCUCCCCCGUCCCCAACAAACCCAAGCAGCAGACUCGAUACACACAACAUCCCGCGUCAAUUCCUCUCCGGCGGCGGCGGCAGCAGCAGCACGAGAUCCCCGCAUGGCGUCCUGGCGAGCAACUGCUCGCUGAAAUCUGAGCUGGAGAACAUCCGCCUCGAAGACCACUGCUUCGUGCCCCCCGCCGCCGCAGCGCUGGACCCGGACGAGUACCCGGACCCCGAGAACAUCAACCUGAACUCACUCAUGUCGCGGAUGCGGCAGAUCCGCAGCAGCGGGCAGAUCCAGUACCGCAUUCCCAAGAAGCGGCGGCGCGAGGACGAGCCCAAGGCGAGGGGGGAGGGGGAGUUGGAGGAGGAGGAGCUCGAGAUCGUCACCAUACAGCGCCAGAAGAGGGUCAAGAAGAAUCCGAGGGGCCCGAGGGGGGAGAAGGAGAAGGUGGAAAAGAGGGUCAGGAAGGAGAGGAGGGGGUGGCUGUUGAGGCCGGCGUGCCAUCCGCCCAUGGUGCUGGAGACGAUACCGGAGUGCCAUCCGCCCAUGGCGUUGGAUGAUUCGCAGUUUGGUGCUGUGGAGGCGGAGGCGGAGGCAGAGGGAUCAGAGAUGAAGCUGGUUGUUGAGUGA